AUGAAAUCAAAUUUAGAGGGGGGUUUCUCAGUGGGAAGUGAUAACAUUAAGGUACAAGAAACUAUAUGUGAAAGUGAGACUGACUCUGAUCUUUUUGGUGACGGUGAGAACACUUAUAUGAUUGAUCAAACAUAUGAAGAGCCUUUGUUGAAUAGUCAAAGUGAACCCUUAACUUUAGAAAGUGAACAAACUGAUAAAGUAAAAUUCUUAUCAGACAGUAAUUUCACUACUUUUACAAACAAUGAAAAUACCGGUAAGAUCACAAAAAAAUUUUUAAACCUGUGUUUAAAAAGUCCAAAGAAGUAUGCAGACUUUUUAAAUGAGAAUCGUAUUUUUGCUACUUUAAAGCUUCCACAACGACUUCAAAUAGGAUCUGCUGUAAAUAUAAGAGAGAAUGAAGGAGAAAAGCAUUGCAUCAAUGGGUGUACUGGCGAAGAUGGAAAUAUGGACUUUAAUUCAACAUUAGUACGCUGGAGUGACAAUACAUAUUCACUAUACAUUGGAGGGACUUUUGCUUAUGAUUGUAUUGUUGGUAAUGAGAAAGCUCUACUAUUUGAUGACUCGACUGACUCAACAUAUAAACUUGGAUUGUCUGAGAUUAAGCACAAGCUAACUCUUAGGCCAAGAAAUAUAGAAAAAAUUAUUCAUAUUAAGGAUCCAAGAAAUAGAGUGAUGAUGUCAACCACCAUAGAAGAGGCAAGAGAAGCUGAAAUGGAAUUUAUAAGAAAAAGUGAAGAACUUAAAGUUUUAACAGCAAUGAAGAUACAGCAAAAGAGUGUGACCAACUCAAGAAACACGAGAAAAAAUUCCAUGACAAAGUCAUUUCUAGAGGAUUCAAGUGAAGAAGAAAGUAACUAG